GCGCUUUCGAGAAAGCGUCAAACUGAAGUCGUGAGGCUAUUUCAUAUUUAUGAAUCUCGAAACAUAAAUUACAGACAACACGCACAGUGAUUGUGCUACUCUUUGAUCUGAAAAUUUUCAGGGGCAGACUGCAUUAGGUUACUUUCGUCACAUCAAUCACAUGGCGGGAUCUGGGAGUUCGAUGCUAUAUUCUUUUCUUUUGUUUGUCGUCACCUUUUCCCUGCAAGAAAUGUUUAGAGUGAAGUUAGCUUCUUCAGAGUUGUUUACUAUUCUCGGAGGGUUCACCAGCUCCCUCAUAUUCCUUAUGCUGUUGACGUUCAUUGGUAAUUAUCAGGAAACAUGUGGAAUCAAGACAGGAUGGGGUGCUGUUAUAACCGCAGAAAUAGUGGCGCUUAUAGCUGCUGGCACUGUUCAUCGAGUUUGCAUCACAACCUGCUUUCUGUUUUCUGCUGGAUUACUAUACGAGGUCAACAAACUUUCAGGAAUCGCUGAAUCUAAAGGUAAAAGGUAUUGAGUGGAAAGUGGUUCUUUACAGGAUCUGCUCUAGAAAUCACCCUAGUUACUCCUAUUUGUGAUGGGGAUACUUAAGAAAGAGGUAUAUAGGUAAGCUUGAGAGUAUGAUGAACUUUAACUAUGUACCUGGCUAGCCAGUGAUCCUUUGAUAAUCAGAUUUUGUGGUUCCCCGUUUAUCUUGUUAUGUACUAUAAUGAUUUUUAAUUAUACGAACAUGUAGUCGGUGAAUUAUUUGAACUGUUGAAGUUUCAUUUCAUCCG